AUGGCGACGACUAGUUUAGUUACCGGACUAAAAGUGUUUCUACCGUUGAUGUUCUGCGUCAUGCUCGCGACCCUUAUCUACACUAUUAUUACCGAUGGUCUUCCUUUACCUGACCGUCGAGAUGUCUUCACACCAUGGUUCGCUACGACAGUUGUGGAUUUCUAUAUUAACAUUGUACCUAUUGCGGUCUGGAUUGUGUACAAGGAAUCAACAUGGUUUGGUUCUAUAAUCUGGGCCAUUUUGCUCAUACUAUUUGGCAGCCUCACGACAUGUGUGUAUCUGUUUCUGCAACUUCUCAAGUUAACAACUUCUCAGGUUUCAGAAGAUCCUAUGUAUUAUUUGUUACUAAAAGAUUCAAUCAAAGAUGGAGAUGGUCAUAGAGACAAUAAAUCACUUGUGGUCACUGCAAGAAUUGUGUUUGGUGCCUUAGGAUGUGUUAUGUUGGGAGCUUUGAUUUACACUUGCUUGACUGAUGGUUCUCCUUUCCGCAUGGAGCUUCUAUACCCGUGGAUGGUGGUUUUACUGGUUAACUUCUACAUUAAUGUUGCGGUUUUAUCAGUUUGGGUUGUAUAUAAAGCAUCUAGUUGGAUCACUGGAAUCCUCUGGGUUGCUCUAUUGAUAUCUCUUGGCAGUUUUGGCACGAGCGUAGUCAUUGUCGUGCAGCUAUUCCGUCUCUCUCCACUUGACCCGCUAUACCUCGUUCUGGUGAAAAACAGCAAUCGGGCUGGAGAUAUGUAUGACUAUGUGCGCACUCAUUCUACGGCUUUGCGUACGUGA